AUGCCGACCGGCGAGCAGGGGCGGCACGUGGCAAUGGCGGGAGCGGCUCUUCCGAGGGGGAGGAGCAAGCCGGCCGCCGCUGGCGCUGUGCUUUGCCGCGCGAGGCUCUCUGCAAGCAUCUCGCAGGCUGGCUGGACUUUCAAAAGCAGUUUCCCCAAGAGGCAGGCGGGCGGCGGCGGCGGCAGGUGGCUUGUUUCGAGGCGCGCGGCGGAACGGAGCUGGAGGGUGGGCAUUGCUGUGCACCCCGCCACUCGCGCUCGCCUCUCCCGCCGCAAGUCCUCGGCUGCGCUUAAACCCGGCGCGCCUCAGAGCUUCAUGCGCGCAGCGGUGUGGGAGAGCGCGUCUUCCCGCCCGCCGGCCAUGACGCUGAACGGCUCCACAGCCGCGGCGGCGACAGCGGGGGGCAACCGCUCCUUGGCGUCCUCAGGGCCGGGGAGUGGUGCCGGAGGGGCUGGCGGCGGCGGCGGCGGCAGCAACAGCGGCGAGCCCUUCACCCUCUUCAGCCUGCUGGUGCUGAGCCUCCUGGCGCUGCUGACCGUGGCCACGUUCGUGUGGAACCUGCUGGUGCUGCUGACCAUCCUGCGCGUGAAGACGUUCCACCGGGUGCCCCACAACCUGGUGGCCUCCACGGCCGUGGCCGACGUGCUGGUGGCUGCGCUGGUGAUGCCGCUCAGCCUGGUGAAGGAGCUGUCAGCCGGGCGGCGCUGGCGGCUGGGCCGCGAGCUGUGCCACGUGUGGGUCUCCUGCGAUGUGCUCUGCUGCACGGCCAGCAUCUGGAGCGUCACCGCCAUCGCCCUGGACCGCUACUGGUCCAUCACGCGGCACCUGGAGUACACGCUGCGCACCCGCCGCCGCGCCUCCAACGUCAUGAUCGGCCUGGCCUGGGCGCUGUCGGCGCUCAUCGCGCUCGCGCCGCUCGUGGGCUGGGGCGGGAGCGCGUACAGCGCCGAGCAGCAGCGCUGCCAGGUCAGCCAGGAGCCCUCCUACACCGUCUUCUCCACCUGCGGCGCCUUCUACCUGCCGCUUUGCGUAGUGCUCUUCGUCUACUGGAAGAUCUACAAGGCGGCCAAGUUUCGCAUCGGGGGGCGUGGCAGGAGGAACGCCGUCAUGCCCCUCCCAGAAACUGGCCAGGUGAAAGAAUCUUCUCAGCCACAGAUGGUGUUUACAGCUCGUCAUGCGACUGUCACUUUUCAGACAGAUGGAGAAACAUGGAGGGAGCAGAAAGAAAAGAAAGCAGCUAUGAUGGUUGGCAUUUUAAUUGGUGUGUUUGUACUUUGUUGGAUUCCCUUCUUUGUCACAGAACUAAUAAGCCCUCUCUGUUCCUGUACCAUUGCACCUAUCUGGAAAAGCAUCUUUCUCUGGCUUGGCUACUCCAAUUCUUUCUUCAAUCCUCUUAUUUAUACAGCAUUUAACAAAAAUUACAACAAUGCAUUCAAGAACCUUUUUGUGAAACAGAGAUAA